AUGAGCUCACCCCCUUCCGCCGAGGAGCACCACACUGACGCCGAGGAGUGUCACACUGAUGCCGACGACCACGCGGUGGAGUACAUAUGGAUACGAGACGUCGUUCGCCGCAUACGGGCAACCGAGCCCAUCGUCCGUCGACUGUCGUUGCGCACGCCCUCCAGUGUGAGUGCGCUGUUGCCGGAGUACAUGCACGCCGCAUCCAACCAAGAUGACGUAUGGCGUCGCAUCGACUCGCUGAGUCGUGACCGCCGCUCCGUGCUGGGUGGCGAUGCGUUCCGGGACUGCAUGCUCGACGCAGCGUACCUGCUCACGAGUGUGUUGCACGAUCCGUCCUGCAGGCCGUCGCCCGGGACUAUGUGGAUGCACUGGUCGAUGCAUGCCAACAAGAUCUGUGCACUAGCGCACUCAAGUGCGCGCACAUCGGCCGCUGCAGAGCCGCUGCGGCGUGCGGUAUGUGGCGAGACGGCGCGGCUGCUGUCCGGCCCGCUGCCGCGUCUCGAUGAUGUUGUAUUGGCCUCCGCGCUGAUCUAUGCCAGCAUGACCUUUACGCCAAAGUACUUCUCGAUAGGCCGAGGCCGAGGUCUCGACCACUGCCCACGUGGGCCCAUCCUACCGUACGAUUCGCACAACAUCCACGAGCCCCCCGGAUGGUCUGCUGCUCAAGUUAUAGAGAAGCGAGGUGCUCGGAUGCGCCGCUCGAUGACAGGGUGGAGUGCCAUUGUCAGCGCGGAGACAUUCCCUGUAACGGAGUACACACGCAAUGACAUAUGCAGUGUUAUGUGUGCACUGUCGAUAGCCUCGUAUCCCACACGUGCGCUUGGCAACACCGCUAGGUAUGAGCUUGACUAG